AUGUGCAGAAUUCACGAAAUAUAUUUUAGGAAUCGCAGCCCUCGCGGUAUAAGAUAUGAAAUAAAGUUCCGUACCUUCAACGAAUCUGGUCUGUUGAUGUGGCGACGUAGAAUUGGUGUAAGGCCACGUGAAUUUAUCGGACUGGGUUUCAGUGGUGGAAAGUUGCAAUUGAUCUUCACCGAUACGGAUACUCAGGAUAAUUUAGGACACGACGAUUGGUUCCAAAGUAUAGAGUCCAGGGAUCGAGUCGAUGAUGGAUUAUGGCACACUGCUACACUGAGAAGACGUAAACGAUUGGCGAUGCUUCAAGUGGAUGAUCUACCACCAGUUAGGGGGUACUCUCAGUCUUUACUGGUACCCUCGAAGGCUAAUCCUAAAUUGUGGAUUGGUGGAUCUCCAUCGCUACCUCUAGGAUUGCCGACGUCUCUGUACACGGGACUGCGCGGUUGCAUUGCCAGCGUCAAAGCGAACGGACGACAUUUAGACAUAACAAACCCCAUACGACCUAUGAGUACGAUACGAUAUUGUGUAUAACUAUGCAUUUGCUGCAGCUAGUGAUAUUAAAAGUAUUAUCAAACAGUUGAAUACUACUAGUACCUGUACCUUGUAAUACAUAUCUGUUACAUAACCUGCUGUGUGCAGAAAAUUGUUUUUGUUUUAUCUAUGGAAACAUAAUUAAGAAUGGAAGGUGUAUGAUUAUAAUUGAACAAUAAUAUUUGUGAAUGCGGAUUUGUAAAAAAGUAAGGACACAGAUUUUUAAAAAUUUAUAUGCUUUCUGUAUCCUUGUAUGUAUGUAUUCUUAGUCCUAACCGUUCUAAUAUCGUCUGCAAUUAAUCCAGCAUUGGUUAAAUGAGAAUAUUCUGAUGUGAUUAGAAUGGCAUUUAGCGUGUCAAUUAUGUAAUAUUCUUUAAGAGUGUUAUUUAGUUAAUCUAUUACAAUAAUUAACAAAUAAGCAAUAUAUAUGUUUUAAUUGCCAUAACCUUAACUGAAUUAAAAAUUAUUAUUAAGUAUUUUGUAAUCAUCAACAAAAUUUAUUUUAAAUGACUUUUUAAUAUUUUUACAACCGACUAAUUAUUUUCUAUAUUCUUAAUAUCUAUUAUUCGUCAUUGCAAAUAAUAACUUAAUACAUAAUAUCUAAUAUAUGUCGUGUAAUCUGUACACCUCAAAGCCCUCCUAUUAUUAAGUUACGAUCACUAACUAAUUGUAUUUAAACUAUUUAUUCAAAAUAAUAUUGUAUUAUUAGAAUAAAUUAUUAAUGGGCUUUAAUUAUAACAUUCCGUAAUAAUAACGCUUAAAAUGUAAAAAAAAUACUGAGUUUCCGAUAUAAAAUAUCGCUCAGUAGAUUAAAAUACUUGAUACUUAAAGUCUUAAUUUAAGACUUUCAUUCAAAAUACCUAAUUACUAGUACUAUUAUUAUGUACCUAAUAUAAAGUGCCAUAGUUGUACAGUAGCUGUUCUCUUAGUAAAUAGAUAAAUAAUUACUCACAUUUAAUUAUUUCUAACGCUUUGGUUUUCAGUGAAUAUGAAAUAUGACAAUAACAUUUCUAGUAAUUCAUAAAUCAUCCCAAAUUAAUGUUUUCAAAAUUAAUUGCGUGUCUACAUUAUUUUGUUUGCCAGGCAUGAAUUGUUUUUGAAAAACAGUUUUGUUUUCAUAAGUUAUUGUAGAUAUCGUGUAAAUAGUAAUAUAGAUUAGAUUUUUUUACAAGCCGCUUAAAUAUUAAAUGUCAAUGAAUUAUACGAACUGUUUCUAGCACAUCUAUACAGAGAUUAUCAUUCGUAGAGCAUAGUAAAAAUUGGUAUUGGAAAAUGUAGAUAAUAGAAUUAUAAAUACUAUGCAAUUUACGAGUUUAUAAUUUUAGACGCUUCUAAGGUUAAGCUUAAGUUUUUAUCUGUUUAGCGUAAUUAUAAAACUAUGACAAUAUUCGAAUGAUCUACUCGACUAGAUUUUACAUGCGUUAGUGUUCGUGGUCAAACAUAUCUGUUGAAUUUUAGGUUAAGACUAUUUUCACCGCUCCGCAACAUUGUUCGGAUCGAAUAUUAUUCCAUUUGUGGAUGUUUGCUUACUCAUACGUUUAAAGCAUAUCAAACAGAUUUGUUGGAAUAUUUUCUUAUAUUGCUCUAGUACUGUAACGUCGGUUUACUUCCAGUCUAAUUUAUUACGUGUUUUGAUGUACCUACAAUCCUAAAUUAGUAUACAUAACGGAAAUAAUAAAUUAAAUGAGACUGCAAA